AUGGCGGACAGCAUGUCAGAUGCAGUUGAGCAGAUCAUUGUCUCAAUAGAUGACAAGAUAAGCGGGUACCAAGUAGUCGAGAAAAUUGAUGAAGGUGCGUAUGGUCAAGUGUUCAAAGUCACAAAAGACUCGAAAAAAUAUGCGAUGAAAAUCGAACCGAAACGUCUAGACGGAGCACAUUCAACACUGAAAAAAGAGAUGGAGAUAAUGCUGGAGUUGAAUCGACAAAAUGCGAAAUACUUUCCGACGUUCUCGAAAGGAGGCAUGGAAUGCAAAUUUCAUAUUCUGGUGAUGACACUUCUCGGGGAUAACUUGAAGAAAUUAAGACAGAAGAGUAGUAAUCCGAAUUCAUGCUCGAAUGGAACAUGGUCUCGUAUUGGAAUUCAGUGUCUCUAUGUUGUGAAACAAAUGCAUGACUGUGGAAUACUUCAUCACGACAUCAAACCAUCAAAUUUUGUGAUUGGAGACUCUGAUUCAGAGAUACUGACAAAUCGAGUAUUCCAUCUGAUCGAUUUCGGAAUCUCUCGAAAAUUCGUUCGCACCAAAAAGGGUGGUCCGGUGAAUGCAAGUCAACCGAAUGAUUUGGAGUUUCGUCCAUUCAAGAAAUCGAUUGAUUCGUUGAAAGGAACUCCAGUUUAUACUUCUCCAAAUGCUCAUAAUAUGGUGGAUUUGGGAAGACUCGAUGACAUUUGGUCUCUGAUGUACAUGAUCGCAGAGUUGGUCAAACCACUUCCAUGGUCUCAUUUAGAGGGAAAACAACUGGAGAAGGUCAAGCUGAAGACGAAACUCAAAACUCUUUUUGAUAAUGAUUCGUUCGAUCCAAUUGAAGAAAUGCUUCGAAGUGGGAACUUCUACUCAUACCCAAACUAUGAAACUGUCUAUAACGCCUUUAAAUCUGUGUAUGAUAGUAGUGGAUGCUCGUGGUUAGAUCCAUAUGAUUGGGAGACUAGACAGAUGGCUUCUUAUGCCAGAUGGAAAGAACAAGCUGAUCAACGUCGCCAUCUGUUUGCUUGGGAAUAUUCUGAAGUUUCUACGUAUUUCAAGAAAGAUCAGUGGAGUAUUCUGCAAGUUGAACUUGAGAAGAAGAGUAAGGAUAAGAAGGAUAAGAAGAAGAAGAGUGUGGAUAGCAAGAAGAACAAGGAUGAAGCGGGGACACUGUCGACGACAACUUGUGAGGAGAUCGCAAGCACUCCAGUCAAGAAACAGAAAGGAGGACCAUUGAAGAAGGCAGUCACACCGAAACCUAAAUAA